ACUUUAUCGUGUUUGGUGCGAGACUGGCCCGCACGAGACGAGCAAUACAGCAUGCAUCGUCGCAGGAGUCUGGCACAAAGCGAUGUUGCCCGUACGCAGUCCAAUCGGUCUUCGAGAGGAGUUCAGCUCCAGCAUGUUGACCCCGAUAAGGCCAAGCUCCAUGCCCACGCCGCCGCAUCUCGAGCUUUCACGCGGGCCAGGGAACGUGCCAGCACCGAACCAAGUGUUUGGCCACCACCACGCACAGGAAACAGCACGCCACAGAGUAUCGUCUCCCGGAACCCCGCAAACGCGGCAAGGUCUCCUGGACGAGAGCUUCGCCGUCGAGACAGCGUGCGGUUCUGCCGGUCACGCUCUCCAACAAGCCGCCGGACACAGGGGAUUGAGGGACUUGCGCACCCAGCUCAUACCGAGUUUCGCCAUGGCACUUCUCAUUCUAGGGCAACUGACUUCCGACAGGCAAUCAGCCCAUCCAGAGCCUCCGCGGAUGGCAUGAUAUCUGCUACGAAAGGCGCGGCUGGGGACUAUAUCAACAAUUUGAUUGUGGGUGGACAAGAAUACUAUACCCCAGAGGAUGACAUCGCAUCUCUGCCAUCCUCGUUCAGAAGGAUUCGCAAGUCAAAGUCCAUGUUUGCAGCAAGUGGCCAUCAUAGAUAUGGCCCAGACACGGCACAAGAUAUUGUGACCACGAGCCAGUCACAAUCGUGGUUGAGAGGGGUUGGCACCAGCCAUGGUCCUGGUCGAAAUUCGGCAGUGAAGUCCAUAAGCUACCUGAAAAGCCGCCAGCACCAUAGUGAACCAGUGUCGACAUAUCAUUCAGUCCGGAUGUACCAAGAAGACACCGUCGCGGCUCUACCUGCGAAGUCCAGGACCUUGAGGUCUCAUUCCUCGACUCUCUUUGGCGCAAGGACUAGUCAAACCUCAAAGCUGUUCUCCAAGACUAUGAGGAUCAUGGGCGCAGAGCGGCAGUGCAGUACGAGAAAGCUCAAGCCAGAUGACAAUGUUGGUCUCAAGAGCAAGGCAAGAAAAGUUUCGCUUCAGGUGAAGCGUGGUAUCAAGAACAUUUUCAGCAUCAACAAGGCAGAUGACGACGACGACAUUCUACCACCCCAGCAUAUUGAAGCCAAGAGCAGUCCUGCAGUAUCGCCUGCAAGGUCAGCGAGUGAGGCAAGCAUCCUGUUCCACCUCGACGCUGCCGAUGUCGACUGUUCAAUUUCGCAGGUCGCAUCGGGAGUGCCGUCUCUCCACGCAGUGUCUUCGCUACAAGAGCUGCAGUCACGUCAUGGAAGCGUUGAGAGCCUGGAAAGCGACAGCAAAGCCUCCGAGGAGAAGUCGCGUGUGACCAGUUGGACGAAUUCAGACAGUUACGCACAUUCAACAGUGGCGAGCAAUCGCAGCGAUCAUGGCCGACAGCGACUCUCCGUAAUCAAUGAGCAUGGCUUGCAUGUCUCGUCGUCGUCUACUAGGCCAGAGCUCGGAUCAGCCCGCGGUGACGUUAAGCCAACUGAUCCGGCGAGCACGCCAAAGGCUUCCCGCGUGGUGGAUGGCCCGCGACUUUUCUCCGCCCUGAUGAAACGACUCGACGACGCAAGUCCGACAAAGCAUGACUAUCAGAGUGAAGGGGAUGGCCCUCGGCCUCCGCCCAUACAGAGCCUUCCCUCUGGGCAUGAAUCUCCAGUUGCCUCGCUGCAAGAUGCCGCCACUUCGAAAGCAUCGCCGGCCACGAUCCGGCGGGUUAGCACAGCGGAUGGUGCGGCCCUCGAGGCACGUCUACCACCAGCUGCACCAGCUGUCACAAAAGAGACAGCCUUCGCCGAGGAGGUAGUCACGACCGCGGUCGUCCCCACUCUCAACGCUUCUCGAUCUGCUCCUCUAGAUAACAAUAUUGUGUUGUCCUCUCAAUCCAACGGGGCAAAUCCUCUUGCGGGCGAGAGGAGGGACGACCAACGCUUCCGAACACUUUCUUCCCGAAGCUCUGCGUUCUUCGGGAGUCCCACGUGCCACUUGUUCCGGACCAAGAGCCCAUACCGCAAGGCCCUACAGGCAUCGAUACGGACUGCUCAUGGCGCACCAGAGCAAAAGUCGCCUGAAUACAAUCCUUGGAUGCGCUCACUCACAGAUCUGUCCUUUAGGUGUCCUAGUGCUGAUUCGGAACCCGACCGAAAGAUGCGUGACACGGACAGCAUAUAUUCGGAAACCCCAGAUGAUAAGCCGCGUGGUCGUGUCAACAUCAUGUCCAUCGUCGACAAGUUCCCAAAACCGCCCAUCACGCAUGGCGACGCCACAAUUUUCGUUAGCUCUCCAACGCCGAUGCCACUGCGGGGUAGGAGAGCACCUGAGAGACUCUCCUCAGAAUGGAAAAAUUGGCUUUCCACGAAUGUUUCCAAACUGGAAGGUGCCGAGGAGUCCCUGAUCGCGACACUAUCUGACAAUUUUGGCUCCCCCAUUGUCCAGGGAGCCUGUCACGUUCGUGAGCAGGCACAAAUUGAUAACGACGACCCUAUUGAUGACGGCUCCUACGAAGGUGCUUUGCUCUUCGGCCAAAGUGACGGUCAGAUUCAUGCUGGUCAUGCGAAGCAAGCAGGUAUAGCUGAUGGAGCCAGCCAUGCAACGUUCAAGACGGUGACCGAGAUACAGGAUCCACCAGCCAUGGAAGAGGCUCACGAAGCCAUUCGGCGUUUGGACAGCGGCAGUGUCUCGUCACGACGUCUGCUAAGCACGCCACAGAUGCCUCAGGGUACCGUCAUGCCAAUGGAGCAUACUUCCAUUGCUGCAACAUCCCCUCGGGGUUUGAGAGAUGCAUCAAAUCACGCGAGAGACAUCAAGGAAUGUGCGAGCAGAAAUUUGUCGGCGGCUACAGGCGGGCGAGCAGAAUUAGGAUCGUCUGUGGAUAGGCAGUUUGGCAUUCUGCUGGCUUCAGACCGCCAAAAGAACGCCAACAGAGGCACUGCGGAUGUUUUCAUGAAGAGCAAGCAUCUACAAGGUUCGCCAUCCAGAACUUUGUCCAGUGCGAACAGAGAGAACGAGGCGCCUCGAAAUUUGGAUGAGAAUGUGCCUGCAUCACACGAGGCCGACAUCAUGCGGUCAAUUUUACAGGCAAGACGCCAUCGUCUUGCCAGCAGCGACGAUGACGGCAGUGUCUUUCUAUAAACGCACUUGUAGGUUGGCGCUGAGUAUGUGCACUUGAUAAGGCUCGUCCGUAGCUCGCAUGUGUCUCCCUUCUAUUCCAUCCACGCUUGAAGCUGCCAGAGUUAUCAGAGAAAAAGAGUCUGAGCUAGGUCACUGGCAAGCCAUAGGAAAGGCCCUGAUAGAUUUGCUCUGCAAAUAUAUGUAUGGAACCAGUAGCCGACUGGGGAGGUGCAUAAUAACCACUUGGAGCAAAGAAUAUCAAAUAUCAAUGCUACGCA